GACCUGUGCUCAUUCCCCAAAACAGAGUUAAUCAAUUAAAGUCGCGUUAAAAACCUCGUAAAAAAAUAUAAAAUAUGCAAAUCAUUCGCCAUCAUCUGGUCCUGUUUCUAGGACUAUGCCUUCUGUUUCUUCUACCUGACGCCUCUGCCGGCAAAUUAAAGUUACUGGCCUUCAAGGGACCCCAUGCCGGAUUUGUGGGCCUCAAGGUGCGCACACCGAAGCUGCUGGGUCUGAAAAGCGGCCUAGUUGGUGGAGCAGCCGGCUUUGGACUUGGAGCUGCAGUGGGUGCCAAGCUGGGCGCCGGCCUGGCAGGUAUCCACAGCGGAGGCGGUGGUGGAUAUGGCGGAGGUGGCUAUGGAGGCGGGUACGGCGGUGGCUAUGGAGGCGGCUUAGGCGGAGGCUACGGCGGAAACUUUGGCGGUGGCCACGGCGGAAGCAGCGGCUAUGAGCACCAUGAAUAUCACCACGAAAGCCAUUACAGCGGCGGAUCCGGAUACGGAGGUGGUGACUUCGGAGGCGGUCCAUGGGGAAAAUAG